AUGACUUCGAAUUUCAUGAUUAUGAUAAUUUUGGGAACUUUAAUGUACACAAGUUCCGCUCGAAAUCUUAUCGGGUUAGAUUUUCCCGAUAAUUAUAAUAAUAAUAAGAUUCCACGAGUUAGUAGCUCAUUUGGAGGUGGAGGUGGUAGUGGAGGACACGUUGGUCCCGAUGGCAUGGAUUUUGGAGUAGGUGUUGGUGUUGGUGGUCAAGUAAGUGUACCCGGUGUUGGGUCAAUUGGUGGUGGUGGAGGUGGCGGAAUAGGUGGAAGCAUAGGUAGAGAUGGUUCGGUUUCUAUGGGAGGUGGCGGAGGAGGAGGCAUUGGUGGUCAAAUCGUAUCAACACAAUAUUCAAAGGCAUUUAUUUUUCUAAUAUUUUUCGGAGUAUUUACACGUGACACGUCAGCUAGAAUACUCCUAGGAGAUGCAGUAGCUACAGUUUUUGAGAUCCCAGCUGGUGUAAAUGGCUUAGGAUUUGGUCAGAUUAUCGGAGGAGCUGGCGGCAGUAGUGGCGGCGGUGGCGGUGGAGGAGGUGGUGGUUUUAGUGGCGGAAACGGUGGCGGAUUUGGAUUUGGCUUUGGUAGUGGCCACGGGUCCGGCUUAGGCGGUAGCGGUGGUGGUGGAGGCGGUGGCGGCGGCGGAGAGAAUGGUGGUAGUGGUUUUGGAUUUGGGAUCGGUGAAGGUUUCGGCGGUGGUGGCAUUUGA